AUGGAUACAGAGUACCUCAAAAAAUGCAUAGGAAAAUGCUUAGCUGAGGGACUUGCAGAGGUGGCAGAGCAUCGGCCAGCAGACCCAAUUAAUUAUCUGGCAUACUGGCUCUACAAAUACAAGAAAAAUUUAAAUAAAGAAGAAGAGAGGAAGGUAGAGAGGGCCCAGCUCAUACAAGAUCGUGCAAAGGCCCUGUUAGAACUGGAAAUGGUACAAAAACUGAAAGCAGAAGAGCUCCUGAUCAGGCAGAAAACUGAAGCACAUUAUCAGAAGAUAAUUAUUGAACAGUAUCCAAGAAAGAUGACAGCAGAUCUGACCAACAAGUCUGGAACCCCUAAUUUGGCAAUGGUUGUAGAGGAUGAUGAGACUGUUAUUUAGAAAAAAAUCGUUCUUUUCAUACAUAGAAGGGGGGUAAGGAGAAUGUUGUGAACAUUUUGGCAGAUGUUAAAGCCGUUGAAACAAACCAGGAACCAUCAAGGGACAAACCUGACAGGGAAGACGACUCAGUACAUGAAUGAGAGUGAGCUGAAUGAAUCACUAACAGUACAUCUCAUGAGGAAGCCUCAAAUGAGAACACUGCAAGCAAAGAUUCCAUAAAGCUUUCUGAGAUGACUGGUAGAAUUCAGCAAACCUAGGAAUGAAUAAGACAUGCAAACCAAAGACACAGUAGUUAAUAGAAAGACAAAAAAUAAGGCAUGUGAACUGACUAAAUUAUCUUCCUAUUGUGUACGGUGCUUUGGAAAUGAGUAGGAAAGAGUCUUCCUUUCUGUUCAUGAUGGUCCACAGAUACUAAGGCCCUGAUCUUGAAAUGUAAUAUGUGUGUGCAGACUGGUGUCUGUAUUUGCA